UACAUGCACCCCAACAAACAAAAAAACCAAAAUAAAUGAGCAAACCAAAUCAAACCAACGCAAACAUGUAGAUACAGUGAACAGAGUAGCUGUUACCAGAUGGGAAGCUGGGACAGGGGCAGGUAACUGGGUAAAGGGGGUCAACUGUACAGUGACAGAUGGAAACCAAACUUUUGGAGGUGAGCAUGCUAUAGUGUGUACAGAGUUGACAUAUAAUGUUGCACACAUGAAGCUUACAUCAUAUUAUAAACCAAUGGUACCUUAAUUAAUAGUAAAUAAAUAAAUUAAAAAAUUUCUUUUUAGAAAGAAAGGCCAUUUCAGGUAAUUGAGAACUUCUGGGGAGAUUCCCUUGGAAAGGACAAGGUGGAGUUUCUUGUUGCCCUUAAAACCACCUGUGUUUAAAAGCAGAGCCCGAAGCAAGCUCAGUGAGAGGACGAGGGCGGUGGAGAGGUCUCUGAGCUCCAACGGUUAGGAACAACUUAAGGAUUUUGGACCAGGGAAGAAAUGAGUGAAAACAUGGACAGAGGUUCUAGCCAGCCAGCUGAGGCCCAUAUGAGUACCCAGAGUAGGAGUAACCCAUCAGACAUCCCCCACAUGUCUGACGGCCAGGUGUGGGACCAGGCCUUCAGGAACCAUAGCAUCCACACCUGGCUGAUGGAGAUGGUGCUAUCCUUGCAGCAGACCGUGGCGGAUCACAUCACACAGCUGGCGACCAGGCACCAGCAGCAGGACCUGGUGCCAGAGGAGCAGAGGCACAAUCAGCCCAUCUGGGGGCAGGAAGCCCUCCUGGGUCGCUUAAUGUUCCAGAUGGUCAACUACCUACAGUUUGGGGCCACCGGAGGCCAGAAAUUCCAACCACCUUGUCAUUCUGAGGACUCUAAGGGUGAUGUCAGAAGUAGGGAACAGGCCCAAGUAUCCAAGCAGAUUUACAAGAUAUUUUACCAACUGACUAAUUUUGAAGAUACAUCUAUCAACUAUGUCCUGUCCAACCGUGGGAUUGAAACCUCUGCUUUAUACCACGCCAGCUUCCAGGACUACAACACCUACCAAGGAAACAAAUACCAUGAGGACAAGAACACUUUGGGCUUCAUCAACCUUGGUACCAGUGAGAACAAGCUCUGUACUGAUCUGCUGACUGAAAGGUUGAGUCGGAGUGACAUGAACUACAUUGAUGAUGACCUUCUGCAAUAUUCUGAUUGGAGAGGGCAGCCAUUCCUGCGGGAAGAAGUGGCCCAGUUCCUGACCUACUACUGUAAGGCACCGGCCCCCCUUGAUCCGGAAAAUGUGGUUGUUCUAAACGGAUGCUCCUCUGUCUUCUCCGCACUGGCCAUGGUUCUGUGUGAUCCAGGUGAGGCUUUUCUGGUCCCCACUCCCACCUAUAGUGGCUUCGUCUUUAGUACCCACCUGUAUGCGAAGGUUGAUCUAGUUCCUGUCAACCUGGAGAGUCAGGUCAGUGAUGCAAACACACAUCCAUUCCAGCUCACCGUGGACAAGCUGGAGCAAGCCCUGUUCAAUGCUAAGCUUGAGGGGAAAAAGGUCCGAGGCCUCGUGCUAAUCAACCCUCAGAAUCCUCUGGGACACAUCUACUCCCAAGACUCACUGAUGGAAUAUCUGGAAUUUGCCAAGAAGUACAGCCUACACGUGAUUAUAGAUGAGAUUUACAUGCUGUCUGUGUUUGAUGAGUCCGUCACAUUCCGUAGUGUUCUGAGCAUGGAGAGCUUGCCUGACCCCAACAAGACCCAUAUGAUCUGGGGUACCAGUAAGGAUUUCGGCAUCUCUGGCUUCCGCUUUGGCACUCUGUACACCCAUAACAAGGAGGUGGCCUUGGCCAUGAGCUCUUUCGGCUACCUUCAUGGCAUCUCUGGCAUCACCCAGUACAAGCUGCAUCGGCUGCUCCAGGACAGAGAAUGGAUUGACAAUGUGUACCUGCCCACUAACCGCUCCCGGCUGCAGGAGGCUCACAAGUUCAUCACUAAUGAACUGAAGUCAUCGAAGAUCCCUUUUCUCAGUCAUGGCUCUGGCCUCUAUAUCUGGAUCAACUUGAGAAAGUACCUGGACCCAUGCACAUUUGAGGAAGAGUUGCUCCUCCAUCGCCGCUUCCUGGACAAAAAGCUGAUACUGUCCUGUGGCAAGACCUUUAUGUGUAAGGAGCCUGGCUGGUUCCGCCUCGUCUUUGCAGCUACACCUCUCCUGCUAAAACAUGGUUUGCAGCGUACCAACAAAUCCUGAUUCCUCAAGAUUUAUUACACCAGACAAGUUUCUUUAGAAAUCGACUUGACUACUAGACACAGAAAGGGAAUUCACUGGAUGCGUGAGGGAGCACAUGGGAGCAGAAGAGAAGGGGAAGAUAGGAACCAGAGAUGCUCUUGGGAUCUCUGUUAUGGGAGCUCACAGACAGUCUCAUGGGCAUUGUCCUGGGAGGAAGAGAGGAUACCUUCCAUGGAAGGGACAGGCCAUUUCUCUCUUCUGUUCCACUCAAGAUUCAAGUGGCUGAUUGGGGAAAAGUGAAUAUUUUCCUAUCCAGGAACACAGAAUCUCCCUGCAUUUACUUAGGUCUUUAGUAUCUCUCAGCAAGGUCUUGUAGCUUUCAGUGUACAGGUCUUAGACACAUCUUAUAAAUUUAUCACUAUAUUAUGCCUCGCAUGUUAUUUUAUUUUAUUUUUGGAAAAUGGAAUUUAAAACAUUUUAAUAAGUUUAUAAUAGUAAAGGAAAUACAUACUCAUAAUAGCAAAUUUAGGAAAUAAAGCAAAGCAAUAAAAUUAAAAUUAGUUAUGAUCCUACUGCUAGCAGGUAUAUUGUUACAAUGUUGUUAUAGUGUUAAUGUUUUAAUUUAUGUACCUGUAUUUUGUGUUACAUAGCAUAUUGCACAUUCAAAUUUGUAUCUCUUUUCACAUAACUUAAUACAUGAACACUUCCCAAUGACAUUAAAUAUUUUUGAAGUCAUGAAUUAUGAUGAGCACAUAAUAGUCCAUUACAUGGAUAUUGUAAUGUUAUUUUAUGUUAUGCCUUUCAUGUUAUUUUAAAUGAAUAGAUUAUUAAUUUCCUUUAAGUUUGUUGUGGCUGAUGUAUUUGUAUCUUUUAUCUGUCAAGAACUUUAAAGGCUCAAGGUUCUACCCUACCUGCAAAAUAACAGGUUUCAUGGAUGCUGGCGGAAGGCAUGCAAAUGCUAGGUCAGAGACAAAGGCCAGUUUAUUACUCACAGCAAUAGCAAUAAAUCAGUAUGAGCUUUUGGUUCCCCAAAUCCUGAUUCCUAUAAGGCGGAGUGAAGAGGACAAAGUGAGGCCUGCACAUCCAAUAGAGUGUGUUGCAGAGAGGACACCCAAGCUUAAGGAACCCAAUUCCUUUAAAAUGAGCAGUAAACCUGCCUGAACUUUGGCCCUAAGGGAAACAUUAUCUUUACUAUGCUGAGUAGUAAACAAACCUACCGUUUGCUCUGGAGACAAACACUAUCGGUGUCAUCCAGGGUUGAUCACAGUACAUCUAUGUAUAUAUACACACAUGUACACACAUACUUAUAUAUAUAUAUACACAUGUGUAUAAUCCUGUAUAGUUCAGAACAAAGGCAGUCGGGGUCCCUGCUUCCAGGGCAGGCAGAAACAUGAAAGACCCAGGAAGAAUCAUCUCCUGGUAGUAUCUUGUGACCUUGCUAAAUUCACUUAUUAGUCCUACUAGUUUUGGGGAGAUUUCAUUGAAUUUUCAGUGUACACAACCAUGUUACCUGUGAAUGAAGAUGAUUUUCCUUCUUUCU